UACCGGACGUCCGGUCCCGGCAAUGAGUCAGAGGAUCUGGACAAAGGCUGCGCGAGCUUGGCUAACUUCGUCGCCGAAUGUGAGCUUUUGGAAGCCCGUCGAGUGGAUCUUCUCAGUAGUGAACGCCUGUUGGAUCUUCCAAUCUCCACAUACCCGGAGUUGAAAGAAAUGCAUGGGGAACUGCAAAAGCUAAAACCAAUUUAUGACCUGUAUACGGAACAAAAGAGUGCCCGGCAAGACUGGGCUUGUAUACUGUGGAAGGAUGCGAAACUCGGAGACCUUGUGUCAAGCACUCGUGAAUUUAUCAACCGCUUCCGUCAACGUCCAAGACGAAUGCGUGCGCUUCCCGCCGCCAGAAUGCUCAAUACUAUUUUGAAAAACUUCUUGGAGUCGCUGCUGCUAAUACAAAACCUGAAGGAUGAUGCGAUGCGAGACAGACACUGGAAACAAUUGAUGGAGAAGACCGGUAUCAGUUUUGAUAUGGAUCCUCAAACGUUCACUCUCGAGGGGGUAUUUGCAAUGCAACUUCACCAAUUCGCUGAUGUGAUUUCAAUGGUUGUGAGCAAUGCUCAGCGCGAGGUGGUCAUUGAAAAGAACUUGGAGGACAUCAAGAAUAUAUGGCUAGAAAUGCGUUUUUCCAUAUCACCGUAUACGAAAUGCAACAAAGAACCCUGCUUCAUCCUGGCCUCUGUCGAAGAACCCUCACAAAUUAUGGAGGAUCACAUGAUGAGUUUACAGUCCAUCGGGGCCAGUCGUCAUGCCACACCAUUUUUGGCCAUCGUGAGACAAUGGGAACGGGACUUGACGAUUGUGAGCGAUACACUGGAUGUGAGUCAUACGUCCUUUAUUGGCC